AUGAAAAAUAUUUCUGCUUUUGCAAUUUUAAUUUUACUAAUUUCUGUAUCGAUACACCAAACGAUUGCAGUUGAAAUCACACAAAGAAUAGUUAGUGUCUUUAAACAAGGUGGUAAUAAAAUCUAUCAAUAUCAAGUAGAUUUACAUAAUCCAAGCUCCGAUACAUAUGCUGGUAUGUCAUUCUAUUUGGUGCCAUCGAAAUAUGUUUUGAAAUACUGGAACAUUGUUGUCAUACAAAGAGAAGAAAUGGAUGCAGAUGUUCCAAACUCACUGGUAUUCGUUCUGCCAGAUUACGCUUCCACACUGAAACCAAAUGAAACAUUUUCUUUUGGAUUCACAGCCUCAAAUGAUCCAAACAUUAAAGUUAGAGGAAGAACAAUUCUUGCAUAG